UUAAAAAAACAUACUACUCUGAAACGAUGUUGGCGAACUCGGAACUUGACAGUCAUGAUGUAUAUACAAAUAUCUAGAUGCAACGCGUCUGAUUGGCGGAAAUCAAUUUCAAGCGGGAAGACAUCAAUGGCGCUUUCUAUACUUUCGUCCAAAUAUGGCGGCUCACUUCAAACAGCGACCCAAUAGAGGUCUAUAUGAUCUACUCUAUUCACAUUCACGUGCGCCAAAAAUGCUAGCAUUUACGAGUUUUAGGUUAUCGAGAUACCGGAGAUCGGUAGUUUUGCCAUGUAAAAAUUUGUGUAAAAAUGGAAAUGUUUGUUACGUUAAGUUUAGUAGCGCAAGUAACAAGAGUGCCGGCACGGAGACUGUCACGUUGUCUGACGGCAAGCAACUCCACUUCUCUACGGGCAAAUAUGCACGUUUCGCCGAUGGCUGCGCAGUUACGACUCUGGGAGACACUUCUGUCAUGGUCACGGCAGUCUGUCAAAACCAGUCGUCUACCUCUUCGUUCCUGCCACUCGUCGUGGACUAUAGACAGAAAGCGGCGGCGGCCGGUCGUAUACCAACCAACUUUCUACGAAGGGAACUUGGACCGAGCGAGCACGAAAUUCUUACGAGCAGAGUCAUUGAUCGGUCCAUAAGGCCAUUAUUUCCAGAAGGGUUCUACUUUAACACCCAGAUAAUGUGCAACAUGUUAGCUAUCGACGGCAUGAACGAUCCAGAUGUGAUUGCCAUUAAUGGCGCCUCCGCGGCUCUCAGCGUUUCCGAUAUUCCAUGGAAUGGUCCUGUGGGCGCUGUUAGACUCGGAAUGAUCGACAAUGAAAUGAUAAUCAAUCCUACCAGACGUCAAAUUCAGGACAGUAUAUUGAACCUCAUUAUCACCGCGACUAAGCAAAAUCUAAUCAUCAUGUUAGAAGGCUCGGCCAAUGAGAUAUUGGAGCAACAUUUAAAGAAGGCGAUAAAGCUCGGCGUCAAGGAAUGCCAGGGCAUUGUAACGGCGAUAACGAAUCUGCAAAAGACGUGCGGUAAAACGAAAAGAGAGAUUGAAACUAAGGAACAACAGCAAGACGAUAAUCUGAAGGGUACCGUGAAAGAACUCUCGGAGGCAAAAUUGCGAGAUAUAUUUUCAAAUUAUACGUACGAUAAGAUAUCGAGAGAUAACGCAGUUAGUGAUCUUAGAAAUAGCGUUAUCGAAACAUUGCGAAAGGAUAACGCGGAUUUGGAUGUUAAGUUAGCGGAAAAAAACUUUGGAAAAAUUGUCAGAGAUGUAUUUAGGACGUUGAUUUUAGAGAAGGAUGUCAGGUGUGAUGGUCGCUCGAUGGAUGGUCUACGCGAUAUAUCGUGUCAAGUAGAUCUCUUCAAUCCUCUUCAUGGUUCAGCUGUGUUUCAAAGAGGUCAAACCCAGGUCAUGUGCACCGUGACUUUGGACUCUUUGGAGAGUGCGCUGAAAAUGGACGCCAUUUCGAUGCUAAUUAGUGGCGUGAAGGAAAAGAACUUCUUUCUUCAUUACGAGUUUCCACCUUACGCAACCAAUGAAACAGGACAUGUAAGUCGAGUAGGUCGCCGAGAAUUGGGACACGGUGCUUUGGCGGAGAAAGCUUUGCGACCGGUUCUUCCAAAGGAUUAUCCCUUCACUAUAAGACUGACUAGCGAAGUCCUAGAAUCAAAUGGUUCUUCCUCUAUGGCUACCGUCUGCGGUGGAAGUUUGGCACUGCUCGACGCAGGUAUACCAAUAUCUUCGGCAACAGCAGGCGUGGCUAUUGGUCUUGUAACUAAAUGUAAUGAAACCAAUAUGAAUAUCGAGGAGUACAAAAUAUUGACCGAUAUAUUAGGAAUCGAGGAUUACCUCGGGGACAUGGAUUUCAAAAUAGCAGGUACCAAGCGAGGAUUCACCGCGUUGCAGGCUGAUGUAAAGAUACCAGGUGUCCCGUUGAAAAUCAUGAUGGAGUGUAUACAUCAGGCGACGAAUGCUAAAUUGGAAAUAAUUAAGAUAAUGAAUAACGUGAUACGGGCACCGCGACAAACUAGGAAGGACAAGAUGCCGGUGGUUGAUAACUUGGAGGUUCCUAUUCAUCAAAGAGGAAAGUUCCUCGGGGUUGGUGGAAUGAAUCUGAAGAAGAUAUUUUUGGAGACCGGAGUGCACAUAUAUCCGCACGAUGAGAACACCUACUCAAUAUUUGCGCCAAACGAGGAUGCCAUGGCUGAGGCCAAGGAAAUGAUAGAGGACAUUUUGCGAAAGGAUCGUGAGCCAACCUUGGAGUUCGGCGCUAUUUAUACUGCUAGAAUAGUGGAAAUUCGAGAAACUGGGGUCAUGGUGACGUUAUAUUCCAAUAUGGUACCGGCAUUAUUACCUAACUCACAAUUAGACCAACGUAAAAUCCAUCAUCCCAGCGCUUUAGGACUUGAAGUCGGUCAAGAGAUACAGGUCAAAUAUUUCGGACGAGAUCCAGUGUCCGGACAGAUAAGGAUAUCACGGAAGGUGUUGCAAACACCAACUUCGAUUCCGAAAACUUUACAUCGCGAUGACGCGGAGAAAACGUGAAAUUUAUGUUGUAAUAGAAUUGAGCUUUAAACUAAUGCGUUUGUGACACACACACACACACACACCAGCUAUCCAUGUGUGAGAAAAAACGCUCUGUAUAUUUUCCGUCAUCCUGUUAAAAAGUGAUCAUUGUUUUUAUGUACAGUAGACUCUGGCUGUACGUACUUGUCUUGUAUUUUUGUACGAUAUUGUUAUUAAGAAUAGAAAUAUAUACAAGCAUUGCAAUUAAAGCAUAUUUAA